GAGGAGUUGGAUGACUUCUCUGAUUCUGGAAGUGACUAUGAGGCCAUGAUGAAAUCUACGAAGAGGAGAAAACCGGCCGUGCCUGGUCCUCAGCCACCCAAGAGACCCAGGCGGAAAGCUGCAUCGAGGGUGUCGUCCAGCCCCUCUCCUCUAAACCCCUCCCUACUGCAGCAACAGCACUCCCGGGGGACAUCCAGGCGGGCCUCUCCUAGACCUGUGGGGAGAGUGAACGAGGAGAACAUCAGUGCAGAGGAUAUCUAUGAUGCUGUCUACUCUGGAAAAAGUGCCAUGGUGACGGUGGUAGACGAGUGGCUGGACAGCUACAAGCAAAGCAGAGAGGAGGGGCUGCUGGUGCUCAUCAACUUCAUUGUUCGCUCCUGCGGAUGCAAAGGCGUGGUUAGCAGAGAGAUGUUCGACAGCAUGCAGAAUGCCGAGAUAAUCGGCACACUAACCAAAGAGUUCAACGAGGAUUCAGUGAACUAUCCUCUGUGCACUCCAGGACCCCAAUUGAAGCGUUUCAAAAACGGCCUGUGUGAGUUUGCUCGUGUUUUGGUGCGUUCCUGUCGGAAUAGCCUCAUAUACAAUGAGCAUCUCUUCCCCGCCCUGCUGGCUCUGCUCACUGGCCUGUCUGACUCUCAGGUCAGGGCCUUCAGGCACACCAGUACCCUGCUUGCCAUAAAGCUGAUGACUGGGCUGGUGGAAGUGGCUGUGAUAGUGUCCGUGCAGCUGCAGACCACCCAGCGGCGAUACGACACAGAGAACAGCAAGAGGGCGCAUGACAGAGCCUCUGACAGGCUGGAGGAGCUGAAGGCGUCCAUCAGUGAGAUGCGCGAGAAUCAAGAGGAGGUUUCCUCCAUGAUGAACGCCACGUUCCGCGGAGUGUUUGUGCACCGUUAUCGAGACCGACUGCCUGAGAUCCGGGCGGCUUGUAUCGAGGAGUUGGGCGUGUGGCUGAAAACAGAUCCUGAAGACUUCCUGAAUGAUGGAUGUCUUAAAUACCUGGGAUGGACCCUGCAUGACAAACAAAGUCCAGUGCGUCUGCAGUGUGUGCGAGCCCUGCAGGGUCUGUACCAGGAGAAGGAAUUCAUUGGCCGCCUGGAGCUUUUCACCAGCAGAUUUAAAGAGAGGAUGCUCAGCAUGGUGUUGGACAAGGACUCGGAAGUGGCAGUGGAAGUGAUCAAUCUGUUGCUGCUGAUCCAUCAGACAACAGAAGAAGGUCUGGCAGAAGAAGAGUGUGGCCGCAUUUACCCCCUGGUUUAUGCCUCAAACAGAGGGCUGGCUUCUGCAGCCGGUGUCUUUCUCUACAACAAGCUGAAAAGUGUGAUCUCUAGUGACAACCAGGAGAGUGAGAAAAGUGACUCAGCAGCCUUCUUUCAAAUCCUCAUCUCCUUCUACAUCCAGAGCGAGUUCCAUGAGCACGGUGCGUACCUGGUGGACAGUCUGUGGUCUGUGGCAGGAUCAGUGCUCAGAGACUGGGAGACCAUGACGAUGCUGCUGCUCACGGAGUCUGGUCUGAUGUACGAGGAGGAGGGGACUCUCAUAGAGCUGAUGAUGUGUGCCAUUAGACAGGCAGCACAGGGGACCCCGCCUGUUGGGAGAACACAAGGCAAAAAGAUCCUCAGUAUGAAGGACAAGAAGGUCCAGGAGCAGGACAGGAGACGAAUCACCACACACUUCAUCCCCUUACUGCCACAGCUGCUGGCCAAGUACUCGGCAGAUGCAUCGAAGGUGACCCUCCUUCUUGGAGCUCCUCUCCACUUCGACCUUGAGAUGUACAGCAGCGCUCCCACACUGGAGAAGCAUCUGGACUCGCUGCUGGGUCAGACAUGCAGCAUCGUGGAGAAACACACGGAGCUUACCGUGCUGGAGGCGUGUGCACACCUCGCCAGCGCCCUUUGCUCCGACUGCUACACCUUUUCCUCCCGGGCACACCUGGCAUUCAGCCAGCUGCUGGAUGCCCUGACGGAGUGUUUCAGUUCUUACUUAAAUGACCUACUGCAGGGAACCGCAGAUGAUGAUGACAUCUACAGCGCUGCCACUGCCUUAAAAAGGGUUGCAGCCCUCAGCAGUGCCAAGGACGUGACGGGCUGGAAGCUGUUCAACUCGUGUCUCCAGCUUCUGAAGAACAGGAUGGAGUCCGGAGAGCUUGACAAGGAGCUCAUGGUGUCGGCUCUGAAGUGUGCAGCCUUUCACCUGAUGUGGGCUGAAGUAAACGCAGUCAACUCCACGCCAUCCGAGGCAGAUUUGAAGCUUCUGAAGAAAGAGGUGCAUUCCUUCUGCAGAGUCUGUCAGGCCUGUCUGUCUGUGAACGAGGCGGAGAUGAGAGAUCAGGCGUUCGAGCUGCUCUGUGACUUGCUGCUCUUGUACAGCACGAGUUCAGCUCGCUCUGAACCCGCACUCCAAGCUUUGGUCCACCUGCCGUCCGACUCCCUGCGCUCGGAGAUGGCUGCUUUCCUCCUGGACUACGUCUUCUCCGACUCAGAGGAUUCUGCGCUAAAUG